UUUACACAUUUUCAAAAGGUAAUAAAAACUAGAAAAUUUAUAUAAUUGUAUAUCUUAAUAAGUGAAAAAUGAAUAUUGUCACCCUGUGCAGCGUGAUUUUUUUAAUUGUAUCAUGCGAGGCUUUUUGUCCCGCGUCAGAGAGUGGAGAUUUACCAGCGGGUAUUUCUGAAGAGGAUUUUAUCGAUCCCGAUGACACUAUAUCGUAUGAUGAGGAAUCUCCUGAGUUGCCAGAAGGUCUGCAGGAAGCCUAUGAAAUGCACGGUGAAAAUGCAGGGGGUGAACCAGUCGAAGACGAUGACGUAUUAAAAAUGAGCAAGUCAAUGCAGGAAAUCGUCGAUGCAACCAUGAAAAACGGUUUUUCAAAGUUAUUCAAAAAAAGGACAGACAAAAGAGCCACAGCUAUGGAACUCCUGCAAUAUACAUCACAUAAUACAAACAUUGAACCCUCAUAUCUGUCAGGUGUUUUCAUUAGUGCCACCAAAGUCGACAGUCAAAAAGAUUUGGAAGAAAAAAUGUAUGUUGAAGAAAAAGCACUAAAAAUAUUGUCCAAAGUUUUGCAACAUUUUCAAAGCAAUCCUUUAGCAGGAAGACCCAAAGAAGAGUUGGAAGAAGCUAACAACGGGGAUACAGAAAGUAAAGAAGAUAGAAAGCUAGAAGACAUACAACAAGAACGUAGUUCCAAAGAAGACGAAAGCAAAGAGGAGCUUUGAAGCAACAUUAUAUAUCUCUCAAAACAAACAUAAAUAAAAUAUACCAGAGCAUAUAGUCAAGCCUUAGGUUAAUGUUGUUUCUUGAUAAUUACAUUAAAUCCAUCAUCAUUAUCAAUGCAAUGAUCGACCAAACUGCCU